AUGACGGAAGAUCCAACUGGCAAAGGAUUUACUUUGGUAAUCAUUACGCCGACCCAACUGGAUUGGCUUAAAAAGUUCUCCAGCCGCGGCAUAUCUGUGGACGACACGCAUGGUGCCACAAGGUACAAUUUGAAGUUAGCCACUGUUAUGGUGGCAGAUGAACGUGACAGAGGGCUUCCAGCCGCAUUUCUCCUUAGUGGUACCAUGACCACUUCUGAUGUGGAGAAAUUAUUCAAGGAAGUUAGAAACUUGAUGCCGAACUUCAAUCCAAGUCAGAUUGUCACGGAUGAAGCGCCGUGCUUCAUCAAAGGGUUUCAAUCCAUAUUCCCCAGGUCGAAGGCGGCGCCGCGCUUCUGUCGCUGGCAUAUAAGUAAGACUUGGGAGAGAAAGGCCAGGGAGCUGGUGCAGGGUUGCAUGAAAUUUUAUCAGGGUCCACUCCGGAGUCGCGUGUUGAAGGAGCUCAACGAUUUGCUGAAGAUUGGCCAGCUAGAACCUUUUAUGUUGAAGUUUGGAGAGAUUUUGGCACUUCUUGACAGUGAAGACCAGCAAGAAAUGGCG